AGUGCAUGCAGUGUCUUACCGUGCCCGUCCGGAGUCGAUGACCGUGAGAGAGGGUCAGACGGUGACGCUCAGGUGUGCCUUCAUCGGGCUGACGUCACAGAGUGUCGUCAUCUGGGAGGGGCCGCCCAACUUUAACGUCAUGUCCACAGACAGGAGGGUCGACUCGCUGUACAAGAGGCACCGCAUCACCGGGAACUCCGGAGUGGGGGAGUACAGCAUGGAGAUCGCAGAUGUGCAGGUGUCAGACGAGGGCGGCUACAGGUGUAGCACGUUAGGGCUGCAGGAAAAGGCAGAGAUGAUGUUAAACGUUAUAGUGCCAAUAAAGAAACCGCCGAAGAUCGCAGUGAGAGACUCAAGCAUUUUUGCCGGCCAAUCACUAACGCUGAGCUGCAGGACAACAGAGGGGUCGCCACUGCCUACACUGACGUGGUUCAACGGUACAGCACAGGUCAAGCAGAGAAAUAAUAAGUUGGCAGAGGGUGUGGCGAUGGCGAGCCUGGACCUGGUCCUGUCGGAACUCACCAGAUGGGAUCAUGGGCGAAACUUCACCUGCAUGGCCGAUCAAGGCUACCCUCAACUAGCAGCUGCCACUGCGUCAUCGACGAUACUCAAUGUCAAAUACUCCCCUGUUGUAAGGAUCAGGUCUCAGUCUAUUCAGGCUAGUGAAGGGGAGACGUUAGACCUGAGCUGUGACGUGGACAGCAACCCACAAGCCGCUGUCUCGUGGAGAAAACUUGGGGGAGACAUUCCAGCAAAUGCAGAAAACAGAGGCGGUACACUCCGCCUGCUGACAUUGGACAGAACUGCAGCAGGCGUGUACCAGUGCCAAGCCAACAAUGGCAUCUCCCCCAGUGGAGUCGGGUCUGCCACGUUAACUGUGCAAUAUCCUCCUCAUAUCACUUCUAACUUUAACCGUAAGACGAGUCCAUUCGUGGGACAGGAGGGUUUCUCUCUACUCUGUGAGGCGGAGGGAUAUCCGGAGCCGAGGGUGAGAUGGAGGCGGAAAGGUACAAAGCUGUACUUCGGCAACCCUCUGCAGUUCUCGCGGAUUGACUACGACAUGGAGGGAGACUACGAAUGUGUGGCUUCUAAUGGUCAGAUGAGGGAUGCUGUCAGACAAAUAUUUCUGGAUGUAAGAGGAAAGCCAUACAUCAACACGGUGAGUUUGAAAGUGUCUGUGCGGUCCGGAGACACGGCCAGACUUGUGUGUGAGAUUCUGUCCGACCCCCUUCCAGAGGAGACAAGAUGGCUGCGGCGUGGGCCCGGGCAACAGGACAAACCGGUUACAGCAAGUCAGAGACCCGGAAUCAGAGAGGAGGAAACGACGUCACCACGUGGCGUGACGAACACCUUGGUGAUUUCUCACGUGGGCCGUUCUGACGGCGGAGUUUACGUCUGCGAGACAACAAACACGUUCGGCACCUUCCAGAGGGAGUUCCACAUGGACGUCAAAGGUGAUACCAACACGCAGUCCGUAGUCAUCGCCUCCGUUACAGUUAUCGUGCUGCUGAUUCUGUUCGCCACGAUUUUCGUCUGCAUCGCCAAGAGGACGGGGUUGUCAACAGGAGUCAACAAGAGUCGCGAGAAGACCACCGGGUCAACCCUGACAGCUUCCCGGGCCCUCCCUCCCCUGCCGCCGUACCUGGACGCCCGGUCCGCCCCGGCCAUGGACCCGGACUGCGACAUGGACGGGCUCGAGCUGCAGGACUUUAACGGCACCCUCAAGCCGCGCCCUCCCCCCAGGGUGGACAAACAGCCCUACUCCAUAGGACUAUCCUAUCCAAGUUUGAUGCACCCCCUCCCUCCCUACUCCACUGUGGAGAGACAGAGGCCGGACGGGGAGGACAACAUGCUGGACUCGCCCUACCUGGAGGACCCCUGGGAAACGGAGGUCACUUAAAACACCAAAGAGGUUCAGACUUUAGUUGUAGUUGAUAUAAACAUACGACAUCUACAUUUCAAAGACA